UCAUUUUUCAUUCGUUACUUUUCCUCUCAAUGGCUGCUACAAUCAUACAAAUAUCAAUAUUCAAAACAUCCCCAUCAAUUGCGUAAUAUCAAAUCCCAGAUUCUUGCAAUCUUGCGUGCUCAAAACAAACCCCUUAAUGAGAUUCUAAUCAUUUAAUUAUUGCUACACAAACGCAGUGACUGUCAAACUGUGUGUUUUUACUUUCUAUACGAAACAGAGUGUAAACCUUAAACGACAACCUGGGAAAGCACGACAGGAUAUUCGACUGCUUCCAUGAAAUCAGGGCGGCGUUUGGUUUCGGUAGGAUGACUGACCACCGUGUUGAUACCACUGCACGACUCGCUCAGUGGCGUAUUGACACUUUGGCUUCUUCUUCUACUUAUCGCAAAUCUGAUCCUUUCAAGAUCGGCAAAUGGAACUGGCGACUGGUUGUGGAGAAGAAUCGCAAUUUGUUGAUUAAAUUGUACCCAGAAAUAUCAAGUUUAAAUAAAGAGAGUCCUCCAAUUGCCUCAUUCAUCAUACAAGUGGUUUGUUCAUUGGGAGGUAGAAAGACCUUUGUUCAUCCAGAGAUUAGAGAUAAACAGCUAAAAAGCAAUGGCGAUUUCGUUUGGGCGAUUGAGGUUCCGCUCGGAGGGAAAUUCAUCAUAGAUGUUGAGUUUCUUGAUCUUAAGACUCUCUCUCCAAAUGGUAGCGAAUCUUGCUCUGUGUGGACCGAACAUUUUACACACAAAGAUUUCCAAGCAACAACGCUCUCCUCCAUCGGAAAAAUGUUAUCAGAAAGUAUUCACACGGAUAUAAUCAUCAACACUUCUAACGGAAGCGUUGGGGCCCACCGGGCCAUCCUUGCAGCCAGGUCACCAGUCUUCAAAUCCAUGUUCUCUCACGACCUAAAAGAAAAAGAAAUGUCCGUCAUAAACAUAUCCGAUAUGUCCAUUGAAGCUUGCCAAGCUUUCUUAAGCUACAUAUACGGUAACAUUAUAGACCAACAUUUUCUUACUCACAGGCUCGAACUUCUUAGAGCAGCUGAUAAAUACGAUGUUACGGAUUUAAAAGAAGCGUGUCAUGAAAGUUUGUUGGACGAUAUUGAUACGAAUAACGUUCUUGAAAGGCUUCAAAAUGCUUCGUUGUAUCGUCUUCCAAAGUUGAAGAUUUGCUGCAUGCAGUAUCUUGUGAGGUUUGGUAAGAUAUUUGACAUUCUUGAAGAAUUCACUGGAUUUAUACAGUCUGCAGAUAGAGAACUGAUAGGUGAAGUGUUUAAUGAAGUUCUUUCAGUGUGGAAAGGUUUCUGAAUAACUUGCUCAACCUGUAAAUAUAUAGAUAUAUGUAUAUAUGUAACAUUAAGUUAAUUAUUUGUUGCAUAUGUUGAUUUAUGAAACUGGUUGUGCCCAAGAUUUGUUUGGUACAUAUUUUUGUUGUAUAUACAUGUACAAAAUAGUUUGUUUAGUGAAAUGAAUUGUGUUUAUGGAUUGAUUAA